AUGGCCGAAUUACAGCAGCGUCGGUUGUCAGCGGAUAACCAGACCAUUUCAAAGGCCGAAAUCCCAUUGAAAGAACGCUUCUUCCGCUACUUCCAGAAUGAGAUUACUAUGUUGCAAGAAAGAAUGGACCAUCUGUCGAGUACAGCUCUGGUAGGCGGCGAACGGGCUGACGCAACAGACCACUGUCUGGCUGGGAUUGUCCGUCUGUCAAACGAAGUCAAGGAUGCCGCGAGUUACAUUCCAACGUACGAUCAGAGGGUCUAUGCAGAGGCAAUCAAAGCUCUGCAGGACAGACUGAGUGAGAUACGUACAGCAUUCGAACCUCGGUCCAAAUUCAGCUUCAAGAACAAAAAGAAUGCAUCUGCCAUUUCCAUCUCGGAUGCCGCGGCCUUGGCAGUGGAGGGUAGACUCAACGUUCCCGGCUACCAUUCUCCAGGUGCAUCGUCCGUGGAUUCAUCCGCCGCCCACACACCCAACUAUCCCUCCACACCACUAAACGAGCCCGACAAGCAGCAACAAGAGAGACCAGAGCUCGCACCCACUUCGUGUCCCGGCGUAUCGGUUGAUGAUUUCGGCUCGAAGUCGCGUUCGGACAGAUUUGCAGCCACUGGCAUCUCAUCCGUCUCUGUCGACGAUCAUUAUGGCUUGCAUAUAAUGCUUCCAUCUUCUGGAUCAACAUCCACCGUUCCCGCAUCCAUCACCUCCCUCGAUCACUGCGUAGUGGACAUGUCUAUUCCUACCGCCAACGGAAAGCCUUACGCCAGUCUGACUGCCAAGGGUGUGAAAAGUAGCUUGUUGGUCUGUGGCCAGGUCAAUGGCCCCGCCCACGUCACUGGUCUUGAACGGAGCGUCAUGGUAGUCUCCUGCCGUCAGUUCCGCAUGCAUAACUGCAGCAACGUCGAUGUGUAUCUUAGUUGCUCCAGCAAUCCCAUCAUCGAGGACUGUUCCAAUAUCCGAUUUGGCCGGAUCCCAAAAGCAUAUGCAUUGAGACAUGAUAGACCCGAUCACGAAGAGCGUUGGAGCCAAGUCGAGGACUUUAAAUGGAUCAAGACUGAGCCAAGCCCAAAUUGGAGCUUGCUUGAUCCUAAUGAUGCGGUGCCAGAAGAGGUUUGGGCAGAGAUCGUUCCUGGCGGGCCGGGAUGGUCUCUCGAUGACAUUUUACAGGCCAUAAAAGUGCUCAAGCACUAG